AAUUAAUUAAGUCUGCUCAAAAAUCUGAUUGGACAAAGAUGCUUUUGCUCGAUAUUUUGGACAAGAAGCGUACAGAUGGAAUAUAUAUAAUAGCCGAGAUUGGCCAAAACCAUCAAGGAUCUAUGGAUGUAGCUAUAAAGAUGAUAUACGAGGCCAAGCAAGCGGGUUGUCAUUGUGUGAAGUUUCAAAAGUCUAAUUUGCCAUCCAAGUUUACCCGUUCUGCCCUUGAACGAGAUUAUAAAAGCAAACAUUCUUGGGGCUCAACUUAUGGAGAACAUAAGGAGUUUUUGGAGUUUUCUUAUGAGCAGUAUAGGAUAUUACAAGCCUAUAGUCAAGAAAUUUCCAUUGACUUCACUGCUUCCGCAAUGGAUAUGCACUCUUUGGAAUUUUUGGCCGAGCUUAAAGUGCCCUUCAUUAAGAUAGGCUCUGGAGAUGCUAACAACUUUCCACUAUUGGAAAAGGCCGCCAAUCUGGGAAUACCCUUGGUAAUCUCAACCGGAAUGCAAUCAAUGUUGACGGUAUCUAAAAUAGUCGAUAUUAUGGAUCAGGCAAAUCAUAAGAAAUAUGCCUUAAUGCACUGUGUUUCAUCAUAUCCCACUGCGCCGAAGGACUGUAAUUUGCAAUGGAUUUCCAUUCUGAAGCAAAGAUAUCCCCAUUUAAUUAUUGGUUAUUCGGGCCAUGAGCUGGGUAUUACCAUAACUAAGGCCGCAGUUUUGUUGGGCGCCAAAAUUAUUGAGCGACAUUUUACUUUAGACAAGUCACAGAAGGGUUCGGAUCAUCGGUGCUCCCUGGAACCAAAUGAAUUUCGUUCAUUGAUUAGAAGCAUAGAAAAUUUUCGAUUCGAUACAGUUAAGCCAGAGGAUAUUUUAGGUCUUUUAGAUGGCGGAAGGGAUUUAGAGGAAGCUCUCGAUAACAAUGGAAGAGAGAAGUGUAUUUUGGAUUGCGAAUUGCCAUGCCGCAGUAAAUUAGGUAAGUCACUUGUGGCCGCUCGAAGUUUAAAGAAAGGACAUCGUCUUCAACGUGCUGACAUAGCUAUUAAAGUCAGUGAACCAAGCGGUCUGUCGGCUGAGAAUUUUUUUGAUAUUAUUGACAAAGAACUGGCAAUCGGUUUAAAUGAGGAUGAACCCAUAACUGGGGCGUCUAUGAUUAUUUAG